AUGGACAACGUUUGUGUCAUUAUUUUUCAUGCUUUUCCUCCCCCCCCUCUUGUUGAUCCGCUCACGGAUCCGUCUAAUGGGCCCGGAAGUCUCGUAUUGCCCUCCCCACGAACCUGGUUCCUCGUGGCCGUGCUUGCAAUUGUGUCCCUCGUUACUUCUCGUCCAACUACACCACCGCAGGAUUCCUUCUCUACGGCAUGCUUGCCGCUUCCCACCGAUUCGCUUGCUCGUCACUGUAUUACAGCAGGCGAGGAUAACGCUCUCUCGGCGCUCUCCAACCUGGUUGCAACGCCGGCUUUCGCAAUUGACCAACAAUCUGUAUCGACAAAUAUCUCAGUGAGCUCGGCGCUGCAAGUUGCGACCGGGUCACUACAACAAAUGGGGCGAAAGGCGAAAACGACUAUCGCCGCCCUUACGACGCUGAUCCUCUAUGUCUCCAUCAACAGCCUUGCCCGAACGGUCAACCCAGACGCUUGGAUCUGGUGUGAGGAAGACAAAGAGGAGUCGAGUUGGCUGGCCACGUCAAAGUCAUGGUUCGACCGAAAGGCAUGCCGCUGGCUCGGCGUGUGUGGCGCCUCGCAUUUUUACGUAGCCCAAGGCUUCUAUGGUGCUGAAGAUCCCAAUCGUUGGUCAAAACCGCUUGAUGACCAAAUCGCCGAGAAACCGUGGCUCAAGUUCUGGGCGAGUGGGGUCGAUAACAAUAAUCAGACUGUCCGGGAUGCAAACGAGCGGGCGCACCGGGAGAUCCCCGACUACGUCUUCGAGUAUGCUCCACUUGUGCAUCUGUAUUCCGGCGAGCAAUUCUGGCCUGGUGACAUUGCGGAACAUCUAUACCACACGACCCCGACACUCAAUUAUACCCCCAUUCAGGCUCAAUGGGAUCACCCCACGUUGAAGGAUUUGAAUGACCUCAAUCAGUGGGAAGGUGGCCGUCAUGUCUUUUUGACGAGUGACGAUGACCCCACUUCCCGCCCGCCGUGGCUUGAAGGCCAGCAAAACAUCCCGCAGGGGCCGGGCGGUGAUACGGGCGACGAGGCUGGGGAUCGAAUGAGCGAGCAAUUGAGUGAGCCAACUUGGGAGGAGUACGACAAAUAUCCCAAAGGCGCGGCCUCGGAGCACGAUGACGAUGCAGAAUGGGACGAUCUCAGGCGACGCACUGCGCGUGGACGAGCACGCAUCGAGCAAGAGCAGCUUCGGCGUGAAUCCAAAGCAGCCCAUCGUCGGUUGAAGCAGGAGCUGAAGAAGCGGUAUGGAGGACAUCCGCCUAUCCAGGAUCAGCUUCGGGAAGCCCACCCGCAGAGCCCUGGAGGCCGCAGCGAGGCGCCUGCUGUCCUCCUGGUAAUGGACAAAGGCGACGGCGUUGUGGACGCGUUCUGGUUCUAUUUCUACAGUUUCAACCUCGGUAAUACCGUCGUCAAUGUCCGCUUCGGAAACCAUGUCGGAGACUGGGAGCAUUGUCUGGUGCGCUUCCACCACGGUCAACCUAAAGCUCUGUUUUUCAGCGCGCAUACUGCUGGCGAAGCCUUCCGUUAUGAGGCCGUCGAAAAAAUCGGCAAAAGGCCCGUUAUUUAUUCGGCCAGUGGCAGUCAUGCAAUGUAUGCUCGUCCAGGAACCCACGAAUAUGUUCUACCUUGGGGGCUUCUGCACGAUGUCACAGACCGUGGCCCACUCUGGGAUCCGGUGCUGAACUCCAAGAGCUACACCUACGAUUGGGACAAUGACAACCUCCGUGCUUCAACCGCCAACCCCGAGGCCCCAACAGAAUGGUUCUACUUCCGAGGCCACUGGGGAGAUAAGUUUUACCCGCUCAGUGAUCGCCGCCAGUACCGCUUCGCUGGCCAGUAUCACUGGGUCAAUGGACCUAUAGGUCCACGCUUCAAGCAUCUGAACCGUAACAAGGUCUGCCAGGGUCCUGACCGUGCGACUUGUGUCAUCAGAGACUUUAUCGAUGAACCGAAACGGGCUCCGGGAUUGGAAGCGUCGGGGAACGGAGAAUAA